UGCGAUGUUUUGAUUCUCAUGCUUCGCAGAGGGCAUCGUAUAGAUAGAGAGAUCGCUAGGUUAUCUGACAGCGAUGGCGAUCGACGAGGAGGCGAGCAUCCCUGUUAUCGACCAUAGCGCGUUCGUUCUCGGCGAUGAAUGCGCCAGGGUGAAAGCUCUCGCCGAGAUCGACAGGGCGUGCCGCGAUUGGGGAUUCUUCCAGCUUGUGAAUCAUGGCCUCGGCGCCGAUCGCCUGGAGAAUAUUUUGCAGUGCACCAGGGACUUCUUCGCGCUGCCGUUGGAGAGGAAGCUCGAUCUCGUCACGCCGAUGUCCCCGAUCGGCUUCCUUAACCAGAGCGGCGCCAGCGGCGUGGUGGAUCGGAAGGAGCAUUUGCUGUUCUUCGGCCUGGAUCAUCCCAGCGUGCGGCACAAUGCGUGGCCGGAGUCGCCGCACGGCUUCCGGGGCGUGGUGGAGGAAAUGAUGCGCGAGUGCGCGGCUUUCUCCAAGCUCCUGACCAGAAUUUUGUUCGAGGCUCUCGGGCUUUCGGGCGAUUGCGCUCGCGAGAUCUACAACAAGGAAUCCGGCGACUCAUUCUUGCUGCCAUUCUACCCGGCCUGCCCCCCCGACUACGAGCACGAAUUGGUUCUCGGCCAGCACAAAGACGGUGGGAUUUUGACGCUUCUCUCGCAGCUCAACGAAGUCCCCGGCCUCCAGGUUCUCAAGGACGAUCGCUGGAUCACAGUGAAGCCACUCAAAAACUCCCUCGUCAUCAACGUUGGAGACGUGAUGCAGGUGUGGACGAAUGGGCGAUACAAGAGUGUGAUGCACAGGGUGGUGAGGAGAGAGAACGAUCGAUUCUCGAUGGCCUUCUUCCACAUCCCGGGAUCCAGCACCGAGAUCGCUCCUCUCGAGGAAUUCACCGCCCACGAGCCACCGAAGUAUCGCAAAUUCGUCCAGGGAGAGUACAUCCAACUGCGAAUGAAGAACAGGAGCAUGGGAAACAAAGCCAAGGAGGUGACAAUCGAGCACUACGCCGUUUAAAAUCGGGUUUAGCCUUAAUAGCUUUGAUUUUCAAAUAAGCACUGCAAGUUUUUUUAAAGUUUAAACUUUUUAAACUAAUACUUACAAUAGAAUAUGCCA